GUAAUGGUGACACAGUUGGGAUCUAGAAAACUCUCUCACCUGAUUUUGCUGUUAAAUCAUGGAUUACAAAUCAUUACCGUGGAUUAAAUACAACAUUACAACAGUGAAAUAACAAAAGGACACUGACAAUACGGAUUUAUCAUGGAUUUAGCUGUAGAUACUGAAAUAUAAUGAUAUCUGUAAUGAACAACCACUUGUGAUAUUUUCAACCUAUUUUUUUGACUGCAGUUUUCAGUGACAUUUUAGAAAUGGAUCUUUAUCCAUAUUUACACCAGUUAUGGUGUAUGCUAGUAGUGUUUAUCAUCGCACCCUGUAUUAAAGGACAGUUCAACCAGGACCAGUGUGACUGGAUGAUUAGGGAUGAUACAGAAGAAAAAGGCAUAAGGAAUGUAUUCGGGACAUGUUCUGAAGGAGAGGUAACAUGGCUUUCCCCGUACGGUGCUCUACGUUUAGUAUUACAAUAUGGCGGUGAUGCCCAAACUGACUUUCGAGGCUGCAUCACAACACGAAUAGAAUUUACAACAAUAAAAAUCUCGCAAGAGGGAAAAUAUAACUUAAAUAAACUAGCAAUUCUAAAUAUUACCCAUCCUGAAACAGAACGAGAACUUUGUUUCGACUCAGUUGGAGGAAAAAUAGUACUUUAUAUAGAAGCAGACACUGACGAUCAUGAGUCUAUAACAUUAGGAAAAGCAUUUAUAAACUAUGAUUUAGAACGACGGUUUAACCAUCUUAGUUAUGAUGAACUAAUAGAUUGCAGACCAUGUUCUGAUGAAGAAAUACUAAAAGCAUACUGUACAAGUGACUUUGUUGUUGUUGGCAGUAUGGAUAAACUAUUCCACGAUGUUAACACAAACGAAUCAGAACUCUCACUUAGCGUCGCCAAAAUUAUACGACAAAAAUCUCAAAGAUUUAAAAGGACUACAAAUGAGAAAGGGAGAUAUCAUGGCUCUGUGAUCGCACCCCUGAAAUGUAAUAUACGUAAAGGCGAAGGGAACUUUAUCUUCAUGGGGAAGCUUCGACUUGGCCGAGCGAUACUUCACUGUGCUCCUAGGCUAUCACAAUGGGAAGAGUUGAAAAAGAUCGCAAUUAAGAAUGAAGAUUAUAUCUGUGAUCUUGAAAAUUGAUGAUAAAAAAAUAGUCCCAAGAAGUAGUCCAAACCCUGAUCUAGAUAGAUCGGGUUGGAUUGUGUGUAAGUGAAAAUAAUUGACUGAACGAUCAAAAUCGCUAAAAUCAACAAUGGAACAAAUACAUGAACUAUUGAUACAUAGUAUGUAUACACGAACUAUAAUACAUAUGUAUGCACUGGUAAAGUACAACCAAAAUAAGAUGGACUCGAAAGAGCAUCAAAUGCUUAGUGACACAAUACCUAAAUCGCACCAAAAUUGGGUAAAAUGAUCCCAGUAAUGUACUUGUAUAGUUGAGAGACUCUUAUAGAGAGCAUCAAGUGAUGCAGAGGUACAAUUAGUGAAAAGGUUUAUGUCCUGGUUGGAAAUUCCAGGACAAUUGAGUUCCAGAAGGGCUCAGAGCAUAGAACAAACAUUAUAAUUAUGAAAUGUGAGGUCGAAGAAAAAAUGUCUCAAAUGAACAAAGUACAACUGAGCAAAUGUUACCAUAACUUUAGUUUUGAUACAACGGUUGUUUGUUAUUGAGGUACGAACAUAAUAGUCCCAAAGUUGAUAGUGUCUCGUCAUCAUUUUAGACUUGUAUCAAGUUUACGCUCCCUCCCCCUAUUGGAUAUUUCCUCAACUUGAAAUGAGAGAAAAUUGGGAGGGAGAGUUGAUCAAUCAAGGUUUUCCAUUUGAUGCUGGUUGAACAGCAUUGAUCAGCUGAUUUAUUUAGUUCUUUGGUCAUUGCCUUGUUGCCUCAACCCAAUAGAACAACCAAAUAGAAGUGUGGGGGUGUUACAUAAUUAUCUUAUGCAAGUACAAAUGCAAGAUAUGUGAUUUAAUUUUGUGUUUUUCAAUCAAGAACUGCUGUAGUUGAGUUUGUAAAUAAUUUCUAAUAAA